CUAUGUAAGGUUGAAAUGGAAACACGGUUUUGGACAGAAGACCAAUCCGUAAAGAUUGGCGUUUUGAGGAUUAUUUAUGGCAAACGACUGCCCGAGAAACAUAUGGCUGCUGCCCGUUGUCUUCUGCAGUAUCCGCUUGGAUGACUGUCUGCCUGCCCGCUCCCUCUCUCCCCAUUUCACGGUCAGCUGCUACAAUAACACAGACGUCUAUGUAUAUAUAUACAGUCUUGCGCCUUGACAUUCCGCCAUCUCUCCCAUAACCCAGAACGCCACCGCUCAAGGCGGUGCACGGUGGUAGAUUCCCUCGCCAAAACAACCACCUCGCCUGCUAUACAUUAGAACAAUGGGUCAGGAACUGAGUUGCAGACACAGAGAAGAACAGGGGUUGUUUACCGCCGUGCAGGGCGGCGAUGUGGAAAUGGUGGAAGCGGUGUUGCAAAGAGACCCAAGUCUUGUUCGAGGCACCACAGUGUAUGAUCGCCACUCUGCUUUGCACAUAGCAGCGGCCAAUGGGCACAUCGAGAUUGUCAUUGUGCUGUUAAACCGAUCUAUUAACCCAGAUUUGUUGAAUCGCCAUAAACAGACUCCAUUGAUGUUAGCCGCCAUGUAUGGGAAGAUAUCUUGUGUGCAAAAACUCAUUGAAGCUGGGGCCAAUAUAUUGAUGUUUGACUCACUUCAUGGAAGAACGUGCUUACACUAUGCUGCUUACUAUGGCCAUUCUGAUUGCCUUAAAGCAAUUCUUUCUGCCGCUCGCACAUCCCAUGUUGCUGUUUCCUGGGGAUAUGCUCGAUUCGUGAAUGUUAGGGAUGGCAAAGGAGCAACUCCUUUGCACUUGGCAUCCCGCCAAAGACAGCCUGAAUGUGUUCAUAUGUUAUUAGAUAAUGGAGCUCUGGUCUGUGCAUCUACAAGUGGAUAUGGUUUUCCGGGUAGCAGUCCCCUUCAUUUGGCUGCAAGAGGGGGUUCUCUUGAUUGCAUCCGCGAAUUAUUGGCAUGGGGAGCAGAUCGACUUCAAAAAGAUGUGUCUGGGAGAAUACCUUACACAGUUGCGUUGAGAUAUCAUCACGGUGCCUGUGCAGCUUUGCUAAAUCCUUCGUCUGCAGAACCGCUUGUAUGGCCUUCACCGCUUAAGUUCAUAAGCGAGUUAAAUAAAGAGGCAAAAGCUUUACUAGAGCAGGCUCUAAUGGAGGCGAAUAAAGAGAGGGAAAAGAAUAUUUUAAAGGGGAUGUCGAACACACUACCUCCUCCUCAUUUUGAAGCGGGGUCUGAUGACAAAAUUCCCGAGGCGGGCGAUAUGGAAGUGUGUUGCAUAUGUUUCGAUCAACUCUGCUCGAUUGAAGUACAAGAUUGCGGGCACCAAAUGUGUGCACAUUGUGUGCUGGCAUUGUGCUGUCAUAACAAGCCGGACCCUAAAACAACCGUGGCUGCUGUGCCAUUGUGCCCUUUCUGCCGGAGCAGCAUUGCACAACUAAGCGCCAUCGAGGUUAAAGGCGGGGACAGUGAGCAGGAUGCCUGCUCGAAGACGACAAUGAAGGCUAGGAGAUCGAGGAACACUAGUGAAGGCAGUAGCAGCUUCAAGGGGCUAUCGACGGGUGUGGGAUCACUUGGCAGAAUAGGUGGGUGUGGGUUGGGAAAGAUUGCAGCUGAAAAUCAAUGGAUUGAUGAUAAGCCCUCAAGCCUUGAUUCUUAGCUUUGAUCAAAUUUGGUAUCAUAUCAAGAUUUCCUCCAUCUCUCUGGUGUCUUUCUGCAGCCCAACUGGUAUAUACAUACAUUGCUCUAUCUCUCACCAUUGGCAUGCUUUCAAGAUUCAUGGAAUAAGCAAAGUUGAAGUGAAUCAAUUGGGUUGGUGGUGAGUAAAGUGUAUCGUUUAUGAGGGUCAACAAUGUCUGUUGUAAAAUUCUAUUUACUUGUGCUUGAAGGAGGGUGGUAAUUUUGAUGGCCUGCAGCCUUGCUUCCUUUUUUGAAUGUUUAUUUUUAGGUAAUAAUGUAAUGUACUUAAAAAUGAACAUUCAGUAUAUCCAAAAUGAUUAUUUAUCUGUGGUCCAAAGUAUAAAUUACUACAAUUCA